AUGGCUUACAAAUUUCACAAUAUAGAUCCUAGUCUCACGGAUCCGUCUGUAAUUAACAGAGGUCUAAAAAUUCUUCACGAAUUGAAGAAAACUGAUUUUCCAAAGGAGUAUAUACUUUAUGCUGCAAUAUACACUGGCUUCCGCUCUACUCGCCUGGCAGCUGAAUGGAUCGCUUCCCAUUUGAAUGAUCCCUUACUAAACAGAGACGUUGAAGUGGACUUUCAUGUCUACUUGAGUGUCGGAGAAAAGUUUGGUUCCGACGCUUCAUCAUUCCUGUCAGCUGCACGAACUGCUUUGGGAUGGUUUUGCGUUUUUGACGGUCCAACACAAAUCCCCUUGCUUCAUCUAAGAGUCAAACCACAUGAUGCCUUACAAUUACAGUCCAUCUUUGUUAGAACAUUCGGUCUGCUGGAUUCUAUGUCGCCUACCAGUUCUAAGAUGUUUGAACUACUAGUGGACACUGAAGUAUCUGUUACUUGCAGAUUCCCAGAUCCCGGGAUGUAUGCCUUACUCAAGAAAGUUUCGGAGUCCUUCCUGCAAAAUUUAUCACAAGCUGGCUUAAAUUUCCGCAUAAUUUCUAAUUCAUGCAAAUCAAAUUAUUCGUUAACACUAGUCAAUAAUAUUACCAACUGCAGUGAUAAAAUUUCAGUUUUAAAUCAAUUAAGAGAGGCCUACUUUCGCAAUUCCUACAAUAUUUGUGAAUCUAAUCAACAACCAAUUGAUCAUCAGUUAAAAUUUUGUUUAUACUCUCAUGAUCCUCGUUUAAACGACUCAGAUCAAGAAGUAUUUGAAAUGUUAACUGAUGUAGAAACUGAUAACAUUUCUCCUCUUAUCAGUUCAUACGUUGAGAAUGGUUCUACCAAGGCUGAGGAGGUGGGACAAAAAUCUGCGGAUUUUUCAACUAAUAUUGAUAAUAAAUUGAAAGGAAGUUGUAAUAUUAGUCAGCUACAAUGUGAUAACCGUUUGAUUGAAGCUCUUGAUUGUUCAACUCGUUCAUCACCGGGAUGUCAAACGCAUAUUCUUUCGCAUUAUGCUGGUGAUUAUGUUUUGCUAACUGAUUCCAUUUGUUUGAAUGGACGACUAGGUUGCCCAUUUGGGAUAAAUUUAUGUACUGGUGAAUCUGGUCUCUUCAAUAUGUUGGCUGGUAGACGUAUACCGCGAAGUCAAACAUGGACACUGCAUUGUUCUGUCCCAGUAAAUUCUUCAUCUGUUGAAUCGUGUUCCAGGUGCAAUUGCACAAAGGAAAAACACUAUAGCGAAGAAUUCAAAAGACAGAUAAGUCAAAACUCAAGCCUUAUGGCUAUAAAUCUAAAUUCAUCGUGCCCUCAGUUAUCAUCGUCAUCUUUAUGUUUUCCCAAUUCAUCAAAACAUUCCUUUACCUCUUCGUCAACAUCAUCCGCUUCUGGACCAACUAUUGAUCCUGAGGACAGAUCUACUGUGCAAUCAGAUAGUCAGCGGAAUUCAUACCUUACUAGCGGUCCAACUUCAAGUUGCUCAAUUGAAUUCCAGCCUACAACAAAUAACAUGACAAAUGAUGACUUAAAUCAUAUCAAUAUUAAUGCUAAUGAUAAAAGCUAUAGUUAUCAGCAUAUCGCAACAACAACUAGCGCUAAACGCCAUAGUCAUACUAAGUCGAGACAGAUGUAUGUUAUGCGACAUGCUGAACGUCUGGAUAUCAGUUUUGGUCACGCAUGGGUUACUCAGUGUUUCGAUCAUAGAGGCGUCUACCGUAGAUUUAAUUUGAAUCUACCACCUUGGUUGCCCCCUCGAUCAGAUUGUCUAGAAUAUAUCUUGGACUCACCAAUAACUCAAGUUGGCCUGUUUGUAUCAGCUGAAACUGGUCGAGCAUUAGCAGAUGCCGGUGUUUAUUUUACUGCAUGCUAUUGUUCUCCGGCCUUCCGAUGUGUUCAAACUGCUUGUGAAUUACUACGGGCAAUGGGUCGCUCUGAUUUAGCUGUUCGCAUUGAGCCACAUUUAUUUGAAUGGUAUGGUUGGUAUGUUGGUGGUUGUGCACCGAAAAUGAUGACAGUUGAUCAGUUGAAAAAUGCUGGUUAUAAUGUGGAUACAAGUUACAAGCCUCUAAGCGUUUUCAGUGAGAAGGAUAUUCAUGAAUCUAUACAAGGCUAUUUUAAUCGUACUGCUGUGCUAGUUAAGCGUAUUUUGAAUGUUCAUAAAUCUAAAGAUACAUGUUUACUGAUUGUUGCUCAUGCUUCUUCAUUGGAUACAUGUACACGUCAUUUGGUUUAUCAUGGUCUAAAAAGUAACUUAUCAGCUGAUGAGUUUCAACAUCGUACAUCAAUUGUCCCUUAUUGUGGUCUGUUGCUAGCUCAAGAGGAUCGCCGAUGGAAGCUGGUCGACCCACCGGUACCAAAUGUAUGUUCUUAUGCAAGAAACUCUGAUUUCGAUUGGAAGCAGUUACUUGGACCGACGUUAUGUAAUUUCAAGAUUCUUAACAACCUUAAACAUUCAUCGAUGCAACUUCACUAA